UAAUUUGUUUUUCUUUCUCUUGCGGUCGCCGUCGCCGAACUCAUGUGUGGCAUUCAUUCCCUUGUGCGAGAGAAUGAGAAUCUAUUAAACAAACAAACAAACCUACAGUGUUCGUUCUUCUUAGAGAGGAAGAUUGCGAUUGUGUCGAACUCAUGUGUGGCUUUUAGUCCAAUUUCUUGAUAGCUAUCUCAUUCUUUCUUUCUUUCUUUCUUUCUUUCAACAACGUCUCAGAUUUUGCUUCGGUGGUUCCAAGAUCGUCCCAGAUCUGCCGCUAACCAUCAUCAUUACCGCCGAUUCCGAUAUUCAUCAGGAGUUUACACGCAGCCGGUCAGGCGCUGAAAAUAUAAGCAAAUACAAGAAGCUGCGCACUGCUGCAGAGCCUCUUCCAAAAAAAAAAUACCCAGUGAUUCCGAGGCACCCUACUGAAAGAUGAGACGCCCCAAAUCCAGGAACUUCAACAAACAAAAGAAAUUAUCGGAGACCCAAGAGAUCGAACUGCUCGACUCAUGGAUCGAAUCCGGCAAGCCCGACUCUGGCUCUAACCCAUUGUCUCUCCCGCCAUUUCCAAAAGAUGCUCCCAUUGGCCGGAAUGAUGAAGGUGUCUUCUCUCCUUACACCGGCUGCCAUAAGUUCUCUCAACUGCCUAUCUCUCAGAAAACGAAAGAUGGUCUGAAAAACGCCAAGUAUUCUAAGAUGACCGACAUUCAGAGGGCUUCAUUACCUCAUUCCAUCUGCGGCCGUGAUAUUCUUGGCGCCGCCAAAACAGGGUCAGGGAAGACUCUGGCUUUUAUCAUUCCGGUUUUGGAAAAAUUAUAUAGGGCGAAAUGGGGUCCAGAGGAUGGGGUUGGUAGCAUCAUAAUAUCUCCAACAAGAGAGUUAGCUGCUCAACUAUUUGAAGUAUUAACAUCUGUUGGGAAGUACCACGGUCUUAGUGCUGGUCUCCUUAUUGGUGGUCGCAAAGGUGUUGACACUGAGAGGGAGCAUGUGAAUGAUCUAAACAUCUUGGUCUGCACUCCGGGAAGACUUCUUCAACACAUGGAUGAGACCCCGAAUUUUGAUUGCUCGAAUCUUCAGGUUUUGGUUCUUGAUGAGGCAGAUCGUAUUCUUGACGUGGGCUUUAAGAAGGCACUUAAUGCCAUAGUCUCGCAGCUACCAAAGCAAAGACAAACUUUCCUUUUCUCAGCAACUCAGACUAAGUCGAUUCAAGAUCUUGCCAGGCUCAGUCUAAAGGAUCCUGAGUAUCUAAGUGUUCAUGAGGAAUCUGUAACUGCCACACCAAAUCGUUUGCAACAGACGGCUGUAGUUGUUCCUCUUGACCAAAAAUUGGACAUGUUGUGGAGUUUUAUAAAGGCACAUCUGAAUUCAAGGAUUCUCGUCUUUCUUUCAACUUCCAAGCAGGUGAAAUUUGCUUUCGAAGCCUUCAAGAGACUACGGCCAGGAAUUCCUCUGAAAUGUCUUUAUGGAAGGAUGAACCAGGAGAAAAGAAUGAAUAUAUACUCCCAUUUCUGUGAAAAGCAAUCAGUUCUUUUCUCCACUGACGUAGCCUCUAGAGGCCUUGAUUUCAACAAAGGCGUUGACUGGGUCGUCCAGGUGGAUUGUCCAGAAGAUGUUGCAGCUUACAUACACAGAGUAGGAAGGACUGCACGUUAUCUCAAUGGUGGAAAAUCAGUUCUCUUCUUGGCACCCUCAGAAAUGAAGAUGCUUGAUCAUUUAAAAGAAAAGAAAAUACCAAUUCAGAUUAUCAAGGCCAAUACGAAAAGGCUGCAACCUAUUUCUGGAUUAUUGGCAUCUUUAUUAGUGAAAGAUGCAAGCUUACCACAACUGGCUCAGAGGGCAUUCAUUACAUAUUUGAAAUCGAUUCACAUACAACGAGUUAAGGAGAUAUUUGAUGUUGAAAAGCUGCCAAUUGAAGAAUUUUCUGCUUCACUGGGACUGCCACUAACCCCAAAGGUCCGUUUUCUUAAACAAAAAAGUAAAGUAAAAGCAGUGUCUGAGGAGUCCUCUCCUCAAGUAGAAGAUAAAUUGUCACAUCUUCCCGGGGAAUUUAUAGCUAAAGAAGAAUUCGGUAUCGAUGAAGAGGAUGGAGAUUUUGUUUUAAAGGAAACUCCAGUUGAAGAAGUUAAAUUGACUGCGAUGGGAGACCACCCCGGGCCAUCAACAAGAGUUUUGAAGAAAAAGAAACUAAAGAUAAAUAUCCACAGACCAGUGGGAUCAAGGGUUGUUUUUGAUGAGGAAGGCACAGCAUUGGCCCCAUUUGCAUCGUUAGCUGAUGUUGAGAGUGGACAAGGGGGCAUGGCUAAUCUUGACAGAGAGACAGUGAAUAAGAGAUAUGCAGAGAUGAAAGCAGAGUUAAGGAAGCGGGAUGUUGAAGAAGACAAGCUUUUGGGGCGUCAAAGACUGAAGGAAAAGCGAAUGAAAAAGAAGAUGAAGCUGAAAAGAGGAAGGGGGGAAGAAGAUGAGGAUCUGUCAGCAUCAGAUAGAGAAGGAUACGAGGAGGCGGAACCAUCUGCGGCUAAAAGGGCCAAGGUUUACUUUCAUAGUGACAGCGAAAGUGAAGAAGGUUCAAAGAGGAUUGACAACAAAAAGAGUGUUGUGGACAGUGACACCAUCUCUUUAGCAGCUCAAGAAGAGCUGGCUCUUAAGUUGCUCAGUUCUAUGCAUUACUCUUAGGUCAUAUCAUAGUGUGUUGUUCCCAUUAUUGUUUAUUUCAAAUUAUACAUUAUAAUUUUAUUUUGAGGUCUAAUAUUUUGAUAUCAAAUCAUAAGAACCCACCAUCAAAUUAAAAUUUUAUUUUUAUUUUACUUUGUUUGACUU